GGAAGUUGAGAUUGUGCUUCAUUUUUUACACCAAUAUAAAAGCUUGUUGAAGAAAACAGAGAUUUUGACAAAACCAAACCAAAAAAAAAAAAAAAAGCAACACUGUGAAUGGGUUAUCUGGCCAAGACUUUCGAUCAAACUAAACCAUUUGUAGCUGUAAUCCUUUUGCAGUUUGGGUUUGCAGGCAUGUCUUUAAUCAGUAAGUAUGCUUUAAACCAAGGCAUGAGCCAACAUGUUUUGGUCGUCUACCGCCACGCCGUCGCCACUCUCGUCAUUGCUCCUUUCGCCCUUGUUUAUGAUAGGAAGAUUAGGCCAAAAAUGACCUUGUCUAUCUUUGUUAAGAUAUUCUUACUAGGGUUAUUGGAGCCAACAAUUGAUCAAAACUUAUUCUACAGUGGUAUGAAGUAUACUUCAGCAACUUUCACAUCUGCAAUGUGCAAUGUUCUUCCUGCAUUUGCAUUUACCUUCGCCUGGAUCUUCAAGCUUGAGAAGGUUAAUAUAGGAGAAGUUCAUAGCCAGGCAAAGAUAAUAGGAACCAUUGUGAGUGUGGGAGGAGCAAUGCUAAUGACUUUGAUAAAAGGACCAAUGUUGCAGUUGCCAUGGAUUAAAUCAGAUGAUGGCCAUGCCUUCUCCAGUGCUGCAACUCACCAAUAUCCCAUCAAAGGCGCUAUCAUGAUCACCAUCGGUUGUUUCAGCUGGGCCGCUUUCAUCAUUCUACAAGCCAUUACGCUAAAAUCAUACCCUGCUGAGCUUUCCCUAACAGCUUUAAUCUGCUUGGUGGGCACCAUUGAAGGAUGCAUUGUAGCCCUAGCCAUGGAAGCUGGUAAUGCUGCUGUUUGGUCUAUUCAUUUGGAUGCUAAACUAUUAGCUGCUGUUUACAGUGGAGUAAUCUGUUCUGGAAUUGCUUAUUAUGUUCAAGGGAUGGUAAUGAAAACCAGAGGGCCUGUUUUCGUGACUGCUUUUAGUCCCUUGAGCAUGGUGGUUAUUGCAAUUUUUAGCUCAUUUAUCUUAUCAGAGAUACUCUACUUAGGAAGGGUUAUUGGAGCCAUUGUUAUUGUUAUCGGCCUUUAUCUGGUUUUGUGGGGUAAAAGCAAGGAUCAAACGUCAUCAAAUCAAGAGAUCCAAACGGAAGGAUCAAAUGAUCUGAAAAUGAUUCCCGCCAUUGAUGAGACAACAAAGGUUUCAAAUCAAGAACUUGUUGUCCUGGAUUUAACCUCCAACAAAGUGACACCUACUGAUGAAUAUGUCUGAUGAUAUGAAAAAUCAGGAGAAAGAAACAGUUUUUUUUUUAAAAGAUUAAAACAAGUUUUAUGAACCCUAAAUUCUCCAAGAAUGCAAAGUAGAGAUUAAGCUAAUGAAUGGCUAUAAUAACUAAAAUCAUUGUAAAGUGGGUUCUGGUGUUUAAUCUUCUUACUUAUUCACUGUCAUGAUCUAAUUCACUCACAGUGAAUCAAAUAUUAUUCCACAUAGAAAUCAGUGAAUAUUAGCACUAAAUAAUGUAAUCAAAUCUCCAAAACUACAAUCUAUUAAGCUUAUGAUA